CCUCGUUGCCUUGAUCUUACUGCAAGCUGCUUCAUUUUAUUCCAGAGAUUCUGUAUGACCCUUACGAAUUAGCACUUUCCCAAGUACAUGAUAAUAUCAUCUCUUAUUCCGGCUGGGCAUGUUCUCUGCGGGUUUAGCGUUUUCCUACCAUGAUGAUAACCUGCCACCAACUUUUUUUUUUUUUUUUGCAGACAUGAUGAGCGCCUUCCCGUACCCCGGCAUGUUGGGCGUGCAGCAUCUGAUGGGCGGCGGAGACCUACGUCCUGGCGGCCAGCUGGGCCCUGCCCGCCGCCCAGAACAUGACCCUACAACCCCGGCAACCUACUACCACCACGUCCAGGCCAGGGACGACCACACCGCCGCCCGCGAGUCCAUGCAACUGCUGCGGAACGACCUCCUGGGACUCAACCGCGGUCAAAUAUCUGGUGCCCAGGAGGAGGGCAGUGCUCAGCGGGGGAUGCCCUCCCUCCAGCCGCUAGAGCACUCCAUGGCGGGUAACAUCGAGAACCAGGACCCGGCUAGCGGGAGGGGCUCACCCGCCGUGAAGGAAGAACGUGAACAGAGGGAUGAGACCGGCGGCUCGUGUAGCAGUGAUGAAGCCACACGUGGACCGUCCGGUCCGCCGGGUUCGUUAGCGUCCGGAACCAAGAAGAUCCGACAACAGAAGCACGUGAGACUCUCUAUUAAUGCUCGGGAGCGACGACGGAUGCACGACCUAAACGACGCUCUGGACGAGCUGCGUUCUGUGAUUCCCUACGCGCACUCUCCCUCCGUCAGGAAGCUCUCUAAGAUUGCUACUCUCUUACUUGCUAAGAAUUUCAUCCUGAUGCAGUCUAAUGCCAUAGAAGAGUUGCGACGAGUGGUCACCUACCUUAACCAACCAGGGGCCCACCUACCGCACCUGCCACCUUCAGUAGGCUUCGACACGGGCACCAGCUUGGGCACGGAGGGUAUCUUACCUGCGGGCUUCCCCCGCUUACCUCCACACGCCCACAACCCCAGCCCGCCACGCAGUAGUAAACUACAACAGCCGCUCUUUACAGACCCCUCGCCUCCCUACAAGUCCCAGUCAUAACUAUGGUUGUGUAGCAGGAGACGGUGAAGGCUUGGCAGAGCUGCCCUCUGCAGAGGGCAGGCACGGCAGAGGCAAGCACGGCAGGGAGCAGGCAUGCCCACGCACACAGGGUGAGGGAUUAGUGACGCACAACACAGCACU